CGCGAGGCCUUCAAGAAGCACGAGCGGCAGGCCCAGCACCACUUCCAGCAGCAGCAGCGCCGCAAGCGCGAGGAAGAGGAGCGGCAGCGCCACGCCGAGCUCCAGGCGCGCCGCGACCGCGACCCCGCCCGCGACGAGGCCACCAAGGCCGAGGCCACCGGGCAGGACCCGGCGCACGACAAGGGCCAGGUCAAGGGGAAAAGCUCCGGCGGCUCCUCCGCGCACGGCCCCGACAAACCCAAGCGGCCGAGCUCGCUGCUGGCCACCAACAACGUGAUGAAGCUGAAGCAGAUCAUCCCCCUGCAGGGCAAAUUCCUGUCCGGGGGCACCGGCGCGGCCGGCACCGCCACCGCCAGGUCGCCGCAGUCGCCCACGGGCAGCGAGAACAAACUGCCGGGAUUCCUGAGCUUCAAAUUCCUCAAAUCGCCCGAGACUAAGCGGGACGCGGGCACCGAGAAGGUGCAGUCGCCCACCAAGCCCUUCAACCCCGGCAAGCUCUUUAAUUUCGGCAAGUCCGAGGGGCUCGGUGCCAACGGGGGCGCGGCCGGAGCGUCCCCGCAGCCCCGGGCGGGGCCCUCGGCGGACGCGGGGCCCGGGAAGGCGCAUCUCAACGAGGAAGGGGCGCGGGAGGAAGCGGAGAACCGGGCGGAGGAGGAAGGCGGCGGUGCCCGGCUCUGACCGGGGG